UGGGAAUUCCUCUCAAGUUAGUUGGUGAAGUUGAUUUGCCUCACAAAACAUGGAAUUAUCCCGAUAAGGAAAUCAAUAAUUUAUGUGACAGUGGUUCUGUGUGAUGCAGGAUAGAUCACAUCAUAAGUGUAAAAAAUGGCCACGAAAGUAAGCGUGUGUCCUCGGGAUACAGGACAAGUGGAGAUUUCAAACGAUUCCACUUUAAUUCCUUGCUCAACGCAGCUAAGAAGUCGACGGCGGUCAUCGAAGUCCCCACAGCAUGACAGGAAAUUGGAUGCUGAAGAACGAUGUGAGGACUUGGAACGAAGAGUAGAUUCGCCUGUUGAAAGGUUGGCAAAAGAUGGCAAAAGACUGGCUAAGGAUGACAGGCUGGAAGACAGCAGAAUCCGUGAGCGACUUAAGUCUGGUUUGAAGAAAGAUGGCCAAGAGAAGAAAGCAAGGGGACCCAUGGUUGCUAAGCCAAAUGUGUUACCUCCUUCAUCGGCAGCACCCUCAUCAACUGCUCAGAUCACAGGCAGCAAUGGUAUUUCAUCAUCAGGCCUCACCACCAGGCGUUACAAUCGUACUCCGUCCCCGAACUAUUCAGAUAGUGCCUUCACAAGACAAGUCGUUAGCCGUCCAAACUCUCCUGUAUCUAGAGGGAAAUCGCCAAGUAAUUCGGUAAAAGUCAAACAAAACAGCCUUAGCAGUGGUCGCCGUACCCCUUCACCAAGUAGUGUCCUGGACCCUGUCCUGAACAGCGAUGCCGCCAAGAAACGUGUCAACAAGGCACUGAAAGCGCGGUUAUACCUCUUGCAACAGAUAGGACCCAACUCGCUCCAGAUUGGUGGGGACUCGCCGAGCCACAAGUUCAAGGUCAUCAUUGGCCCACAGAGCUGCAGCUGUGGUAAAGGGCCACAUUGUAUUCAUCUCCUGUUCGUCAUGUUGAGGGUGCUGCAAGUGAGUGAGAGUGAUCCCUCUCUCUGGAACAGGGAACUCAAGAAUUUUGAGGUUGAGUCCCUCUUUGCCAACUUUUACGAUCGGAGGAAGAAGAAACGGAAGUCUAGAUCUCCAAGUGCCGGUCGUGAGAAGAAGAGAGAUGAAAACAUCCGCUCAUCCCAAGAGAGCCUUAGUGGCAGUGAUACGGGUACGAAUGAGGAGGAAGAUCUAUGUCCCAUCUGCCUGUUGGAGAUGAUUGAUGGGGAAAGCCUGGUCCAGUGCGAGGAUGGCUGCCAGAAUAAGUUACAUCAUCACUGCAUAUCAAUUUGGUUUGAGGAGUGCCGGCUUCAGAAUGAUCCGUUGAUCUGCCCCCUGUGCCGCACCAAGUGGAGUCUGAAGCAGCUUCAUCAAAGGGGCAACGAUCAGAAAGAGCAUUGUCCCAGGGCACCGUCGCCACCAAACGCUCAUGAAAUGUUUCUACCGAAAGCAGAAGAUAUUACGGAGGAGCAUAGGGACCUGGCUGGACCAUGGAUCAGGCUGUUUGGUGAAGACCUAGUGUCAUGCCUCUUCUCCCGCAGUUGGGUUGUGCGAGAGACGUCCAUGCCCCACCUAAGCCAGCGUGUGAUGUCAGCAUUGACUGGAGAGACCAGUGGUGGCCUUGCUACAAAUGCACCAGAACAGCCAACUAAGGAAGAGUUGGUCCAAUCCUGCUGUGAAGUUUUAGCCAUGGUGUGUGGGGACCCUGUCUACAAAGUCCUAGUGGCUGGCCUGAAAUGUUUAAGGAAUCUCCUAUCCUGUCUCGCCUGCACAACAGAGGAGGAAGUCGCCUGGUUAAAGAAAUGUCUGAUGCCGGUCGUCGAGAUAAUUCUGACGAAAUGUGCGGACUCGAACAGAAGAACAAGUCAACUGGCAUUAUCGACACUGGAAGAGUUAGCUAAAUGCCAACAGGGGGAGCUAGCUAUUGGGAGGAGGACUACCACAACAGAUAUCGUGGGCCUUGACGAUGGUGUUGAUUUCAUCCUGAAAUGCAUCUUAAAAGACUACUCACAGCACAGUGUCCAUUGGCAAUGGUUGCUUGGGCGACUGUACAUGAUUGAUAGGUUGAUUGACAGAUACCCAACCCAUUUCAUCCUGCGGCAACAUGCGUCUGAACACGAGGAUGGGGAAAAAAUUCCGGGAAAUUACGAACGUUUGUUGUCGGUGCUCAAGUUUGCCUUGAAAGAAGUGAACAAUUCACACACCAAGAUUGGUAAAUAUGCGCGAAGGGUGUACAUCCUGAGUGCUCGGUUGACCGUCCACAUUCCUGAAAUAUUCAGCCAAAUUGAGGGCAUGUUGUCGUCGCUGGACCGUAGUCUUCAUUUACGGAUGAAACGUAGGUUAUCUGUUGUUGCAAAUGAGUUCACAGUUGCCCAAGAGGUGGCGUUGAUGGUACAACAUGAGCCUGCAUAUGAUCACAACGCAUUUGUCACAGAAACUGAAGAAGCUCCCCAACAAAGUGACGAGCAAACGUUAAUUCCGGAAGUGCCUCAAGAUCCUCGUGCAAGAAGGCGGAGAAAUUCUUCCCCAACAAAACGUAGGAAAUCGAGCAUACCAAGAGCUUGCAGGCAAUCUGAUGAAGAGAGCAAUCUUAAUUUGCCAGAGGGCCAUCUAACGCCCCCGCCAACUCCAAAAUCAAAUGAAAAUUCUAGCCAUUUUGGCUACGAAAAUCAUCAAGGCAGCGGAUCUUCCACCUCUGGGAAACCACCGAUUCCACCUCGGAAAUGUGGAUGCGAGCAGAAGUCGAAUUACCGACCAAAUGGGUCCAUCCGUCAUACGAUUAGUCUUCCAGCGUCCAGAGAGGUUGAUCUUUCAGAUGUCACCCUGUCCCCACCUACACCAGAGGAUAAGCUCAUCACAUUCAAAACGGAGGUUGCCACAUCGCCAAAGCGGAAUAUCAAGAAGCCACGACUGCCAUUGGAUACUGCAGGAUGGUAUCACACGGAUGAUCCUUAUGGCUGUAAGGAUGAGAUUGAAGAAGAAGAGAUGAUAGCUUUAGCAUGCGCGAUGGAGGCCUCCACAUUGCAACAAGAAAAGCUACCCUACGUUCCUGGUCUCUCCACCAAACCACACGAGGUGGCAACAAUCAAAAUACAACCUGAGGAGGAAGAUGAUGUUGACUCGUUCAAGUCGGUGUAUCGGGAGGAUGUGGAUUGGCUGAAGGGGCCGGUGUUGGGUACUGGAGCUUUCAGUACGUGUUACCAGGCCAGGGAUGCGAAGACUGGUACUAUUAUGGCCAUGAAACAGAUUGCAUUUUGUCGGAACUCGGGCUCUGAUCAAGAAAAAGUGGUUGACUCUAUCAAAGAGGAGUUUGGCCUGAUGACCAAGUUGAACCAUCCGAACAUAGUGCGUAUCCUUGGUGCUACUCAGGAGGGAUGUCACUUUAAUAUGUUCGUCGAAUGGAUGCCAGGUGGUUCGGUGGCAUACCUGCUCGAAAAGUAUGGACCCUUCACAGAGACUGUGCUCAUCAGCUACACGCAUCAGGUCCUGAAGGGUCUCUCCUACCUCCACGAACACCAUAUCGUGCACAGAGACCUUAAAGGUGCAAAUUUGCUCGUCGAUAGCUCAGGAAAACAAGUGCGGAUUGCCGACUUUGGUGCCUCUGCCAAGCUGUCUGCACAUCAGACUCAAGCCGGUGAAUUCAAGGGACAAUUGCUUGGGACGGUUGCCUUUAUGGCCCCAGAGGUUCUACGAGGGGAGAAUUAUGGGCGAAGUUGUGACAUCUGGAGUAUAGGCUGUGUGAUGAUUGAGAUGGCCACAUGUAAACCACCGUGGAACGCUUCGGAUUUAUCGAAUCAUUUAGCAUUGAUUUUCAAGAUUGCAUCUGCAACGAAAGCACCCCCCAUCCCAGACCAUCUGACCCCUCCAGUUCGGGAUCUUAUGCUGCGUUGCUUGGAACAUAAUUCCGAGGACCGACCGCAGGCCAAGGAGUGUCUCAAGCACCCAUUGUUUACGCAAUAUCAACCAGCUGUGCGCGACACUGGUGACUGAACAGACUUUAGGACUGAAUACUGUAUUGCAAACACAGUAUUAGGAAUUGCAGAGCCAGUUUUCAAGGUGCUAAAUGGAUAAAGUAUUGUUCAGAAACGGGUUCCUUGCUGAUAACUGGGUGAACCAAGGCAGAGAAAAACAGGUGCAAUCAGGCAGAUGGUGACUGUGUUUGCCUAGUUGCUGUGACUUAGGGAAGACUUUAGUUCAGGUGAUCAUCAUGGUCAAUGGAUGAGGACUACUCGGCCGUGUCUGGUUUAUCCCGUUUGGGUACAUUGCCUGAUUAAAAACAAAACUGUUGGUUAUUGUUCAGACAUUGUUUUUGACACUUCGAGAAUGUCUAGGAGAAUACCACAGAUGUUAGUCUUUUGUUGUUGUAUAUUUUUUGUUUAUAAAUGAAGAGUUUGAAAGACUGACACUUGAUAGUAGUUGAAAUAGUUCAAAUAUUUCGUGGGUGUUUCCGAUCAUCGGUUUUCGCUCCUCCUCAUUUCAUAUUUCAUAUUUCGUGAUGGAUGGAAGUUGUCAAUAUUUUCGUAUCUGAGGAGAAAAAGCGACAGUUUUCACUACGCAACCUUUUUCUCCUACUUUCAAGAUAUAUUUCGUGGCAAUACAUUUCAUGGCAGGAGGUUCAUGAUCUCCUCUAACCUACUUUUGAAAUGAGGAGGAGAUAUAAUAAGAGAAGUCUGUUCUAAUCCAGAAGGAUUUAUUUCUACAAUACAUGUAGUUUUAUAAACAGUUGACUGACCGACUAAAGUUUAGUCCAAGCGUAAAGUGCUUGAGCAAUGUUACUCUAUUUUUUAAUGUACAUUAUGUUUUGUCUGCUUAUUGGCUAUCAGUGUACCUAGAGAUACAUGUACAUGUAUAUUAAGAGACUGGCCUCAGUGUGGGACUUGAAUCUGAGGACUUUUCGUUUUCGAUCACUUUUAAAUAAGUGUAAUUUUCAAAAUGUUCAUUGUCCAUGUGUUGUUGUGUUGUGAUGUUGAUGAUAACCCUACAUUCUAGGGAAUGCAUGUUUACCCUUCUUUGCGAAGGCACAAUCCUGGUGACAGGGACCAAAACUUUUAUAAAAUUAUUGUAACGUUUUGUCGCUGUAUGAUAAAUGUGCGUCACAAUCUUUACUAAUGGCAGCACCACAUUCAUCCGAUCGAUGCCUUGAUUUAUUUGGGGGUCGUUUCUGGUGGGUGAUCACUUAGCUUUACAGCAACCUUGUCCCUAGGAAACGACAUAUCUAGAGUUUGUGAUCUUCGUAGAAGACCUGGGGAUGAGGUUAGCUCUAUGGUAGAUACUGCUGGCACUGUUUCAUCUUAUGGCAGCAUGGAUAGGUUUUAAGGUUAGACACUGCUGAUUCAAAUAUGGCCACCAAGGGUUAAAUAAACGACGAGGUCAUAAUAUAAUGAUGUUAAAUUUUCUAUCAUGAAUUUUAUCAAAGUGAAGAACUUUAUUAAAAAAUAAUUUGGUAAAAAAUGUGCUAUUUAGGAUUUGAAAACAAAGCAGUACUAUGCUAUUUUGUGAUGUCUUGUGCAUGUCGAUGCUUACUAUUUUCAAGUAAGAAGAAUAUUGGAGAUUUCGAACAAAGUAACUACAGCAUAUCAGGCUCACAAUGAGAUACCGUCCAGGAUUCGUACUGCUUACGUCAUGCACGUUAGUGUGGGCUGAAUGCCUUCAUGUGCUUUUAGACAAACUGUUAGCUAUGCAGGUUGCACAUGCUUAUUCUGUGCAAGAAUAUUUGUAUUAACUCUUUUUCAUGUUAAAAAUGAAUUUUCUAGUGUUAUUUUUGUACAUGUCAUGCAGCUACAUGUGUGUGGAGAGAAUUUGUAAAUAAAUGCUAACACUGAUAUCA